AUGAGAGCCGACAGAGUGAUUCUGAUGAUUCUGUUCGUAAAAGGCCUUUCUUCAACUCCAUAUUCCUUAUCGACAGAAAACUGCGGACUUUCAAACAAACAACCAGAUCAUUCAGACUCCGUGAUAAAGGGACGCAUUUUAAACGGCAUGGAUGCAAUUCCCGGAGCUUGGCCCUGGCAAGUUGAAGUGAGGUUUUCAGACAGGCACAUCUGCGGAGGAGUGCUGAUUGGCCCACAAUAUGUCCUGACGUCUGCCCACUGUGUAACCGAAUGGGAAUCGUCAUUUUCGAAAAUUCGGCUUGGAAGCUAUUCGAGUAGCAUUAAGGAGAAUGCACCAGAGGCGACAGUUGAAACCAUUUGCAUUCACCCUGCUUACAAUAAAAGCGGGGACGAGUAUGACAUUGCCAUUAUAAAACUGAAAAACAGCGUGAAUUGCUCGCAAAAUAUUAAUACAGUUUGCCUCCCGAACAAGAACGACGAACCAGAUUGUAACCAUCCGAUGUAUAUGGCGGGAUGGGGAUACAAAGAACCGUUGGAGUAUAAUGACCAGUUUCUUUCCUGGACUGCCGAAGGGAUAUCUUUGAAAGACCACAAAAAUGUACAAGAAGAGUCUGAUUCGGAAAACGAAUCGCGAAAAGGAGAUAAAGACAUGUCGCCUUCUGAAUACGAAUAUGAAUAUGAUUCCAGCGAGUUCGCGACACCAACCUCCGAGGUUUAUAAUAAAGUUCCUGAGAUGCUCCAACAAGCCCAAGUGCAACUAAUCUCGAACGAUGUUUGUGCGAAGCUAAUGAAUGAGUCGUCAAUUUCAAAGAACAUCGUCUGCGCCAAUCAUAACUUUGGAUCAUUCUGCUUGGGAGACAGCGGAGGCCCCUUAGUGUACAAGAACAAAGAUGGCCGCUGGUGUUUGAUGGGAUUGGUGAGCGCUACCGAGAUGCCAUGCAACGUCACUGAUGUCCCGAUGCUCUUCAUUAGAAUCAAGCCCUUCAUGGAAGACUUCAUUAUCCCGUGCAUUCAGAACUCUACGUGUAAAUGCAAACAAGUGUGA